UUCCAUGGCUCUGCUUUAACCUUCUAUGAGCCCUACGAUGUGUCUCGUUUGGAUAGGGAUCGUUGCUACCGCUUAAACGUCGACCCCGAGUUAGUUGAGAUGAAGGAAGAGGAAAUUGUCGACCCGGCCACGGGAACAGUUCGUAAGCGUGCCUUUGCGGUUGUUCUUCCUGACGCUGAUUCUUACACCACAGAGGAGAUUGAACUAGUCAAGAAGCGUCAAGGCAUCUUUGCAACCUCACGAGUAGGUGAUCAGAUCCUCGGAGUCACAAAAACCCUCUGUUUCGUCUCGAGAUACAAUUUUGGUAAUGCUUUAAAACCCCUCCUGGACUUCCUGCAUUCCAAGUGCUUUGGUCCCAAGCCACAGUCCAUUCCUCUUGAGAGAUAUUUGGCCUUUAUGCUCUGCGAGAUUCCAUUCCCCGAUUGUCGAUCACCCAAUGUCACUGUGAAUCUCGAUACCUUCCAUAUGUCACUUCAAACUCCCUACAAGAAUUGUCUCGCUAGGCAACCUUAUUCACGAAUUGGAUCUUCUGUUUUCAAAUUUAGCUCACCUGGAAACUCCUAUGCUACCAUGUUGUACCAUCUUGGACCGGAUCUCGUUCUAAAAUUGAUUGCACAGCUCUUGACCGAACAAAAACUUCUCUUUGUUUCAGUCAUGCCUGAUCUGCUUGUUGAAAUCAUUCAACAACUCACUACGCUUAUCCAUCCACUUCGCUGGGUCCUGGUCUAUAUUCCCUUAAUUCACAUGCGUUGCAUCCAUGUAAUCCAAUCACCCUCGCCAUAUCUAAUCGGCGUCGAUUCACGCUUCUUCGAAUUCUUCCAACUCCCAUCUGCUGAACCCUCAGAUAUCAGUGUAGUGGAUUUGGACACUAAACUCUUUCGACCAGCUCCCACUUCUGUCUCCUCGGGGUCUGUCUCUUGUCUUCCCAAGGGGCCCGUGAAACGUCUCCGAUCAUCACUGACUUGUCUUUAUAAACGUCUAAGGGAGAUUAAUGACAAAAUUCAGAUUGAGUUAAGCAGAAUUGGUCCCAAGGCUAAUACAAAGUACGACGGACAAAUCUCCUCUCUUGGAAAUAAUGUGCGUCAAGCCUGUUAUCAUUUCAUGACCGAAUUACUUCAAGACUAUCGUGAAUUUCUUCUUCCCGUCAUUGCAAAAGACAAAGAACUCCUUUUUGAUUCUAAAGCAUUUGCAAAAUGCGCAUCAGAUCGAGGUUCAUCAGCCUUCUACACCGCUUUAGUUGGAACCCAAUUGUGGGCCGAUUUUGUUCGAGAUCUUAACUGUAUCAGUGAACGUACUGCGGAAUUCGAAGCCUUUGAUACGGCUAUCGCUCGUCUUCGUACUUCUCGAAGUAAAGAAAAUCGAAGUAAUCGUAGAAUACUCCAAGAAGGGGGCUACGAGGGGAGUGUGGGUGGUGAAACAGGAUCCCAAGUCUCCAGCGGAUCUGGAGGCGAAUGCUCAAGUGCAGCGUCAGCCCCCUUUUCCAAUGGAAUUCCUCCCUCCCCUCAAGACAGUCUCUCUGCUGCUGAUGAUAAUUCAUUAAGUGGAAACUUCUGCAAUGAUUCUGCCUCUAGGAUUGUGCAGCUCCCUCCCCAUCUGCUUGAGUUUGAUCAACUUUGUCCUGAUCUCUCACCGAGUCUCUUCACUUGGACUAAAGAGGGUGUCUUUCCGGAGUUGGUGAAUACAUCUCUUCUUGAUGAACUCUGCUCUAGAUUAUCGAAAAAUUUCCCAUCGGGCACUUGUGACAGGGAGGAAAUGGAGCUAUUUCGACUCAUGGCAGAUAAGAAGGAUAAUGAGGAGGAUUUCAGUCCUCAACAACAUUUCAUACAGAAACCCCUCUCUUUCGUUCUUGGAAAUGGAGUUGUGGAAGCUCUUGGAGUGACUCAACUUAACAGUUUGUUAAAAAGAACUCAACAAGAGAUCACUGACAGUUUGAUCGCAGCUACUGAGCGUAAAAACAUUGGAGGACCUGCUUGGGCAGAACAUCUUCUCUCUGAAGUAUACUCCCUCUGGUUCCUUCUAUUGCCUGCCUUUCUCACUUCUUUACAACAACACCGGCAAAGCGGCAUCGACGAGGAAAGCAAUGCCGAUGGACUUUGCUUAGAAGCUCGUCAUUUCCUCCAUCAUGCUGUGUGUCUAUUCCUGCGUCUCUGGGAUACUCCUCUUCAACCUGUCGAUCAGGUCUAUGUCCGUGUUAUGAUCGCCCUUCUCUAUGAAUACGGUACAGAUGACUUGGGUGUUAUUAAUUUUUGGAGUAAGCGAUCCCUCAAUGUUCCCUCUUAUGCUAUGGCCAAUCAAUUACAGCGUGAUCUGGGUCACAAAUUGAUCUCCCUUGAUUCCACAAAAGAUGCUAUCGAAGCUCCAAUUACUCCCUCCUCAGGAGAAGCUCCGGUUCACGCACCCCAAGCGAUUUCUGGUUCCGAUCCCUCUAGCAAGGCCACGGCCUGCCAAUCUUGUGAGGGCCACUCCUUUACUAUUGGUGUCGGAGAGGAAAACCCUAGCUACUUCCCAUAUGAAGACGCUGUCGACAACUCUAGAAGUAGCGCAUUUCAACGUGCUAACAAGAGUUCCAGUGACUACAACCUCUCCAAGAGCCAGUUGAUUGAAUCAAUGGACAAGAUAUCCAUCGUCGGUAGCAGUCAUUCACGAAAACCGUCCACUGGUGCAAAUCAGGAUCAGGAACAACUUGCUUCAACUAAAAAAGGUUGGAAGUCGUUCGCUCAAGCGUCGAUGCGUAAACUGGCCUCCUUACGCGUGGAGUAUAUCAAUCCGGAGGUUAUCACUCUAGACAAUCCCUCACCAUCUCUCAAUUACCCAUCUCCUCCUCAGCAACCGAGGAGUCGAAGUGUGAGUUCAGCUGUAGCUGGUGUUAGUCGAUCUUUUGGCUACACUGGUCUCUUUGGACAUCAACUACACCAAUCCGAAAGCACUUCAGGAGGCGGCAGGGGUACUUCCACACGCCUGCCUCGCAAUAUGCUCCCUUGGGCCAUCUCCAAUCAGCCAUCACCCAGUAGCAGCACAUCUCUCAAUGGUUCUCAGACUGCUGCCAUUCCAACAGUGGCAAGCAUAGCCUAUGACAAUGAGGAUUGUGGUGAAAAGGUGAUCUCUACCAACUCUUCGUCGUUGGCCCCCUCUUCGUGGUUACAAGUGCUUCAACGUCAUCUACCAACAGCGCCUUCUACCAGCUACGUCACCUCCCCGGGACCCCCUGUUCGUAUUCGACAGGAGGGAGGGUUCGGAGGUGGUUCUCCUUUCGGAUCGGUUGGGUCGAUUGAUGAGAGCGUGAUGCCUUCUAUUACGUAUAAUCCCAUCUCAUUCCUCGACUCUUUACUUGUUGCCCUCUCCUACCAACCUCCUUCUUGGUACAAAAUCGCUGGUAGUCUUGCAGUGGGCUCGUUGGGUGAUCGAAUCUGUCCAGCUAAUCCCUUCAUUAUGGAGCUAUCCACCGCAGCCUCUCUUCGAGGCUCCAUCUCUUCUCUGACCAGACGGCGGCACCGUUCAAGGUCAUCUUCCCUUGUCGUGGCGCGUCGAGUGAGGAGUACUUUAAAACAGUCUCCCUCUGUUUCUGUCCCACUUCUCUCCCUCACAUCUGAAGACUCUUGCCAAAAACAUGCACGUUCGGAGUCCCCUCGUUCCUCCAAACCCCCUCAUCCUUCUCUUCCGAACAACAACAACGCGACUAUCGUCCGUUCAUCCGCAACCUCUACUGCAAAAGUGCAGGAACUGCGAGUAAUUUGUACUACCUGCACGCCUUGUGAAGGUUGUGGUCGUCUUCUAUACGAUGAAGAGGUGAUGGCCGAUUGGGUUGCUGCUGGAGUGGAUGCUUUCACUUGUGCCGCCUGUCAGAAAUCAGCUAUCGUUCCACGUCUGACUGUACGCACCGUGGCCAUUCUUGAGCCAAUCUCAGACUCCGCAAGUCCAAUGUCUCAUGGACUCAUCGAAAUCUCUGUCCCCUUCCUCUCCCCUCUUGUGUUGCGGCGACAACUUGAGGCUAUUCUUGGUCGAAAUGCCGAUGGAAUGGGAGCGCAAGCCUUUUCCUCCUCACAACUUCUCAGUCACCGACGUGGGAGAGUGCUGCUCUGGAAUUUGGUUUAUCUCCUCCAUCGAGUUGGCUUGCCCACCCAUCUCCUUGAUGCCUACCCUGCUUGGCUGAUGGACGCUCAAUCAGAGGCCAGACGUCUUGGUGGCAUCAGACGUGUCCUUCUUGGCGGUUCUCUCACCAUCGCGCGAGCUCUUUCGGAAGUAUCAUUGAGUCCUGAUCUACCAGUCCUUCUAGUGGUUAGGUGGGACUCUUUCCCCCGAAAAGUUUCUACUGUAUCAGGUUCCAAAGUCUCCCCCAUGCUCUAUCGAUUAUGGGACACCUCUCAUCCUUCUGGUCAUUUAAGUCCUUCGAGCAGUGUGGCAGAUUUAGCUUGCGCAGAAAAUGGUGAGGAAAGGCAGGAGUGUGCCCUGGAUGAAAUUGUUCAAUUAGCGGGUGAUUGUUUGAAAUAUGAGAAUGUCAGUGGUGCUUUAUUGGCUGUCAAAUCUAAUCGACGAUCGAAUUGGAGCAUCCUUCAUUCUGUUCAUCGUGAAUUACUCCUUCUUUACGCACGUAUCCAUGGAACUUCGUGGCAACAUCUUAACAAGUUUGAUGCCGCGUAUAUAAGCUGGCUACGUGAAGAAAUUCAAAAUGUUGGACCAGAAAUUUCACGACAGAAGGAACAGAUACAGAAAUGGCAAAAAAAUGAAGAAAUGCCUCCUUCGUCAACUGUUGUGGCUUGUAGAAGCGUUUUCAGAAACCUGUCCUUGUCUUAA